GUCCCGGGAGAAGAUCAGCCGGAUGCUUACGAAAUUUACGAUAUUGAAUUCGAUCAAUCCGGCUCCUAUUUGGGAAUUGCCGGAUCCGACGUACGCAUUUAUUUGUGCAAACAGUGGGAUCAGCUGGCCUUAUUUAACAGCCACACUGCACCUGCCACCGGUUGCCGGUUCGGAGAAAACGCAAACAAAUUCAUUUCAGCCAGUUUGGACCGUUCGGUUAAAGUGUUCGGAACCUAUUAAAUUAUGUCCUCGUGAAUACUGGGGAGUGUUUUUAUUUUUCACACUACUGAAUUUGUCGACUUUUCCAAACUUGUUUUUUUUCGUUUGGCCGGUGAAAUUCGGUGCAUUGCUGCGGCCGACUUAA